AUGGCUAUCUCACAAGCCGCUGGAAAUUCCAGCAAUGCUGCGUUUAAAGAUAAGGAGAAGCCUAUGGCUGUUCGCACAGCGAAUAUCGUCGCUGCUAGAGCUGUUGCGGAUGCCGUACGGACGUCUCUUGGACCCAGAGGAAUGGACAAGAUGAUUCAAGAUGGGAAGGGACACACUAUUAUUACCAACGAUGGUAAUACCAUGUUGAAGAGCAUGGCUGUGAUGCACCCUUCAGCAAAGAUGCUGGUGGAUCUUUCAGCUGCACAAGAUGUCGAGGCGGGAGAUGGAACUACAUCCGUGGUAGUGAUUGCAGGGAGCUUGCUAGGAGCGGCAGAUCGAUUACUUGGGAAAGGCAUACAUCCUUCAGUCAUCGCCGAGUCUUUCCAAAGAGCAGCAGCCGCAGCUGUCCAAGUGCUUCACGACAUGUCACAUCCAGUUUCCCUUACCGAUACAUCAGUCCUACUCCAAGCCGCUACCACCUCGCUUUCUUCCAAGAUCGUUUCUCAGCACUCGAAUUUACUGGCGCCCAUGGCAGUCAAUGCUAUUACGAAGACGAUCGAUAUCAAGACGGCUGAUAAUGUGGAUUUGAAGAAUAUUAGGGUGGUGAAGAAGGUUGGAGGCACAAUUGAGGAUAGCGAGAUGGUAGAAGGUCUCGUCUUAACACAACAAGUUGUGAAGGGCGGUGGCGGACCUGUGAGAAUGGAAAAGGCACGGAUCGGACUUAUUCAAUUCCAACUAAGCCCUCCCAAGCCAGAUAUGGAAAACCAAAUCGUCGUAAAUGACUACCGCCAAAUGGACAAAAUCCUCAAAGAAGAACGGACCUACCUCCUGAAUAUGGUCAAGAAGAUCAAGAAAGCAAAGUGCAACGUCCUCUUCAUUCAAAAGUCCAUCCUCCGCGACGCCGUCAAUGAUCUCUCCCUCCAUUUCCUCGCCAAGCUCAACAUCCUUUGCGUCAAGGACAUCGAGCGGGACGAGGUAGAAUUCAUCUGCAAGUCCACCGGCUGCAAGCCCAUCGCCGAUAUCGAUUCAUUCACGGAAGACAAGCUCGGAAGCGCGGAUUUGAUCGAGGAGAGUCAGAGCAGCGGAAGCAGCGUCGUCAAGGUCACAGGCACCAGGAGUGCAGGCAAAACCGUCAGCAUCGUCUGCCGCGGCGCCAACUCGAUGAUUCUCGACGAGGCCGAGCGCAGUUUGCACGACGCUUUGUGCGUCAUCCGCUGCCUAGUGAAGAAGAAGGCUCUCAUUGCAGGUGGAGGAGCGCCGGAGAUUGAAAUCGCAUCCCAACUCGCAAAACAGAGCCGCAGCCUCACAGGCACCGAGGCCAUCUGCUGGAAAGCCUUCGCGGAUGCCAUGGAAGUCAUUCCCACGACCCUGGCUGAAAACGCCGGCCUCAACAGUAUCAAGGUCGUCACCGAGCUCCGACAUAAGCACGAGUACGGCGAGAAGAACGCAGGCGUCAGUAUCAAGAGCGGCGGGGUUAAGCUCGAUAUCGCGGAUGAGAAUGUGCUGCAGCCCCUGCUGGUGAGCACCAGUGCCGUGGAGCUGGCGGCCGAGACUGUCAAGAUGAUACUGAGAAUCGACGAUAUCUGCCUAUCGAGGUAG